GUACGCAGGACACUCCUCUGCCUGCACAACACCCCCUCAGCUCUGAUUAGUUUCCACUGCGAGAUCGAUGCAGCAUCGAAGCCAGGCGUAAUUAUCAGCUCGCUCAUCCGCAACACCGAGGCGUACCAGCUCACGUACCUCCAGGCCAUGAUCCGGGAGGGCAUCAGGAUGUUCAAGCCUCCAACCGGCCACAGGUACAAGCAGGUUCUAAAAGGAGGGGCCCACAUUCGCGGUUAUUCCUUGCCCGAGGGCACCCAAAUGAGGGUGAAUAUCCUUCGCAUGAUGCGCCACAGGGAAACCUUUGGUCCGGACGCGGCUCUGUUCCGGCCCGAGCGAUGGCUGGACGGUUCGAGUGACGGUGAGAAGCUGAAGGAGAUGGCCGCCACCGUCGAUGUCGCAUUUGGGCACGGCACGUUCCAGUGUCUCGGGAAGACGUUUGCAGUGAUGGGGCUGAACAAGAUAUUUGUCAAGCUUCUGAGACGGUUUGACUUUGCCAUUGCACAACAUGAUGGGGAAUACUGAUUUCUGCGUCAACAGCCACAGUAUUGUCGAGCAAUUUCGGUAGGUGCGGUAGCAACGGAGACACAGAGCCGCUUCUUGCAAAGAAAGAGCCACGAAAAC